AACAGAGCCUGCAUGGUGCAUUCUUUCGCUCGCAUCAGCCAUGUCUUGUUGCGGCGCCAAUGUGACACCUUUGGCCCACUAUGCAAGGUCAAUGGCCAGAGAAAUUGAUGAGGUACCCAUGCACUUCCCCAUGUACACAGUACCUCUGGGCGAGUUGCUGGACAUGACCGUCAUCGAGCCCCACGAGAAGCUCAAGGCCAGAGAUGCCCUGGUCGAGUUCAACAGCACCAUGGGCAGGGCAGCAUUUGUUUCACACCAGUGGGUCACCACGGAGCACCCGGACCCAGAGUGCAAGCAGAUGAGGGUGUUGCAGAAAGCUCUGAAAGACAUGAUGCUGGGCAAAAAUCCCAGGAUACCUGUUGACCAGGUCUCAGAAAUUGUAGAUCCACAUGCCAAGCCUUUGCCGGCUGCGAGCCUUUUUUCAAAGCCCUUGUUUUUCUGGUAUGAUUAUUGUUCCUGCCCGCAGGGAACCAGGCUCAGCAGGAUUUCCGAUGAGCAAAGUCCCGGAAGCGGUUUGCUGCAUGCCAUCAACAGCAUCCCGGCAUAUGUGGACAAGUGCGCCUUCUUUUUUGGUCUUAUCCCCUGCAUGGAGACUCCGAGUGGAACUGAUUUCAUCUCGCCGCUGACGUGGCAGGAGAGGGGCUGGUGCCGUUUGGAGAGAACUUGCCGGGAGUUGUCUCUGCAUGAUUCGUCCUGGGUCAUGGUAAGGAGCCCCUCAGACCUGGAGAUCGUUUCAGGGACGAAUCUCUCCGCACGUUUUGGCGCCGGACCGGUGGGUGAAGGUUACUUCAGCCUGCCCGAGGAUCGGUGGAAGCUGCGACCGGUGCUCAUAGCAGCCAUCAAACGCAAGAUUCUCAGCCUCCUCCAAGCCCAGGAUUGGCCGAGGUAUCGGUCCUUGCUGAGCCAGCAAGCCAUGAUGCUCCGAGGCUUGGAGUCCGAGUCCGAGCCCCAGUUCGAGCCCCUGGAAUUUGACCCCGACUCGAAUCGCGACUUUCCAUCAACCUCGAAGUUCUUCCACCAGAAUGGUUUCCGCGGAAUUCGGGAGACUGACGCGGGUGGAUGGUCGCCACUUCACUAUGCCGCAUUGGACGGGAACCCAUCACUGGUUCAGGAGCUGCUGACUUUGAAGGCAGAUCCGAACCAAGGCACCAAGAGAAGCCACCCAGACCUUGGCUUCGAAUGCGGCACCUCGCCUCUUUGCAUCUCUUGCCUUUUCAAAAGGAACGAUGCAGCCCGCGUGUUGAUCGCGGCGAAAGCCAGAGUCGCCUGCCGCGGUCUUGUUUUCCAACCUCUCACUUGCGCAGCAACCGCAAACAACGCAGAAGCGAUCAAACUCCUGUGCGAAGCUCGAUGCAACCUCCUUCAGCGAACUGGUAAAUGCCCUGAUGUCAGCGGCCUAUUCCGGAGGUGUGCAAGCUAUGGAUGAGCUCAGACAGGCAAGCACGUUCAAUCCCACUGAAGCGGUUUUCGCGUUUUCCAUCUCAGCAGGUGCUGAGACGGUGCGCUGGUUGGUCGGCAUGAAUGCCGAUGUCAACGAUCAAACUUGUCGCUUGAAGAUGGUGAAGUCCAUGCUUCUGCAUCGAGCAGUCGGGUCCUUCCUGACUUUGCAGCAUCGCCUGGGCAGAGUCACAAGCGCCAGCACUCAAUACUACCACUCACCAGGUGCAACCCCUUUGAUGAUGGCCAUAUUAAUGGGAAACUAUGAAUGCGCUGCAGCCCUGAUAGCUGCUGGAGCGCAGCUCCACCUCCGGAAUUCGAGGGCGUGGACUGCGGCAGACUUUGCCAGAUGGCGUUCCGUGCCCGAAUUCCUUCAGGAGGCCUUGGAAGGAAGAGUGGAAGCGUGCCAACGGGUGUCGUUACUGACAACUGGUUGGGUUGAGAUGCGGUUUUGAGACCUUCUGAGUCGUCUUGCGUUGUGCCAGGAAAUUGUUUGAAAUGCAUUACUUGCACACUUCGCGACAAAGCGAAGUGCUCAAUGCCUCCUCAGAUGAUUGCAGAACAGUUCCAAUGGUAACUCAAAGAAGGGCUUGAGCUGGAGCCGGUCCUGUUACCCAUGUGACUGACUGGGUCAAAGAUCCCGCAUGUUUCACAACAGAUCGACUAAAGUCGAUAUGCGUUCAGCUUUACGAUUCUGAAGCAUGG